AUGUUUUUCGCUGAGUACAUUUUGCGGGUUUUCUUUAGCAAAUCAUUGAUCAUGGCCCAUGAUCUACAACAACUUGCUUUGAUCGAGAAACCUUUACAUCUAAAUUAUCUACGAGAUUUUCGCGUGGAGCAAUGUCAAUUAUUUCUACAACACAAAUGUACACAACAUCGUCCUUUUUCAUGUUUUUAUUGGCAUUUUCAAAAUCAACGUCGUCGACGACCAGUUUGCCGACCGGAUGGAACAUUCUCAUACGAUCCGGACUUCUACUGCAAUGAUUACGAUGAACAAAGUGGCGUUUGUCCAAAUGGAGAUGAUUGCCAACUGUUACAUCGAAAUGCAAAUGAUACAGAGAAACGUUAUCAUCUUCGUUAUUACAAAACAGGCUUAUGUACGCACGAAACUGAUGCCAAAGGGCAUUGCUUAAAGAAUGGACCACAUUGUUCAUAUGCUCAUGGUGCAAAUGAUCUUCGACAACCAAUAUUGGAUAGUAGAGAAAUACAAAAUACUGAUUUAGCUUUAGAAAGAUUAGCAAGAUUAUGUAUUAGUUUGGAAAAUGAACGAGCUUUAAACGAUGAUCCAAAAUGGAGUGAUUCGCAUUAUGUUCUGGCUAAUUAUAAAACCGAACCAUGUAAGCGUCCACCACGUUUAUGUCGACAAGGAUAUGCUUGUCCGCAGUAUCAUAAUCCCCGUGAUCGUCGUCGUAAUCCAUCGAUAUUCAAAUACAAAUCAACGCCGUGUCCACAUGUCAAACAGAGUGACGAAUGGAUUGAUCCGACCAUAUGUGAAGCUGGUGAUAAUUGUAAAUACUGUCAUACACGUACUGAACAACAAUUUCAUCCUGAAAUUUAUAAAUCAACUAAAUGUAACGAUGUCUCAGUAACAAUUUAUUGUCCACGUGGACCAUUUUGUGCUUUCGCUCAUAUUGAACAAGAAUUAAAAUCCUAUCGAGAUUUUGAUCUUCACUAUACAAGUGAAUUACCAUUAUCAUCGUUUAUUCCGAUCCCAGAAGAUAAAGAAGUUGGAAACAUCGAUUCAUUAAUGCCAGCAAGAAACAUUCCAAAAAAGUCCUCUCAACCAUCUCUAUUCGAGGUUGGAUCAUUUCCUGGCGCUGCAAUGAAACCAUUCGAAAAACAUCCGCUGAUGGCAAGCAAUUCUCCAAGUGGAACAACAUUUCCUGUUCAGGAAGCAUUCGUACAAAAGCCACCGUCACAACAGCGUUUCAAUCAAUUUCAACCUCCUCCUCCUGCGCAAUUUCCACCAACAUUUCUAAACGAUCAAUUUCUUCUAUCAGCUGCAGCUCUAGCUGCCAGUCAUUCUUAUCCUCCUCCAACGACGUACUUGUCGUCAUUAAUCGCUUCGAACUUGCUGUCAUCGAUCAACGAACAUUUUCAUACAACAAUAACUACACCGACAGCGAACUAUUUCGGUGAGAAGAAAGAUGCUCAAGAAUUUCACGGUUUACCAUCCGAUGUAAAAAAUCUAAUUGAAUCAUCAUUAACUGCAAUCGGUCUUGAUAAUGUCGACGAAAGUGAUUUUGACAAAGCAGCAACGAAUACAUUGGGUAUAAAGCGAAGUUCAUUUCUUGAUGAUGAUUUGGAUAGUUUCGAACGUUCAACAACACCAGCAACGACUAAUACAUCAACAGGUUCGACAAAUCCAAUGUCACGACCAAUGAAUAUUCCAAAUUCAUUUUCAAACGAUUAUUUCUCUCAUUCAUCAUCAGCAAAAUCACCGUUCGAUGCACCGAAUCAUCUCUUCGAUGGACCAAUUGAAUCCCCAAUCGACACACCAUUUCCUGAACCUUCGACAUCAAGUGGUCCAAGUAGUCGACCUGGUGAAUUGUACAAAAUGGCUGGUUUCAGUCAAGAUCUACCGACAACCUCUUAUCAAGUACAAUCGUCUUCACCGCAGACAGUUCUUCAACGUUUCAAUACCACGAGUACAAACUCGUCGUCGUCAUCAUCGGAAAUCGAUAUCAUGCGAAAUCGUGUUUUGCAAAUGCAGGUCUUGGCGAUGACUGAGAAGGAGGCAUCAGAACAUUGGCGUCGUGAGGCUGAAGAGCACCAUCGACUUGCCCAGCAUCUGGAACAAGAGAAGAAUCAUGCUAUUCAACAACGUGACGAAGCAAUUCAUCAAGUCGAACAGAUGCGGCAAUUACUAGUACAUAAUAACACACGUUUAUUUCCAAGUGAUCACGAUUUAAUGAAAUUACCGCUCGAUGAUGUUCGUUUGUUACAAAAUCAAUUGCAACAAGAAUUAACAAAGCUAUCAUUGAUUGAACAAACCAAAUCGAAGAAUGUUCAACAAACUCCACCAACUGACACUAGUCCCAACACUCCGACAACAACAGUAUCACCUCGCCAACGGCAAACGAAACAUACUCACGGCAAACAUGCUCUACUUUCAUCAACGUCGAAACAAUAA